ACCAAGUUGCGGCCAGCCGUCACUUGGAAACCUGUGUUCAGCUGACACGCUCCAGCAUAGCUUACAGUAAAUCUAUUACUCAGUAUGACUAACCAAGGAGAAGAUUGUUAUUUUUAUUUCUACUCCACAUGUGCCAAGGGAGAUAGUUGCCCUUUCCGUCACUGUGAAGCUGCCCUGGGGAAUGAAACUAUCUGCUCCCUCUGGCAGGAAGGACGAUGCUUCAGGAGUGUAUGCCGGUUUAGACACAUGGAGAUUGAUAAAAAACGUAAUGAGAUUCCAUGCUAUUGGGAGAAUCAACCAGUGGGGUGUCAGAAGUUGAACUGUGCAUUCCACCACAACAAGGGACGCUUUGUUGAUGGGCUUUUUCUACCUCCGAGUAAAAAUAUUCUUCCAAAUGUCACUGAAUCUGUAGAAGAUGAUAUAAAGACGACACAGAUUUUGCUGCAGCAGAAUAAGCUUUCUGUCCAGUCCAAUCCAUCCCCCCAGCUGCGUGGGGUCAUGAAGGUGGAAAACUCUGAAAAUGUCCCCAGCCCUACGCAUCCACCUGUUGUAAUUAAUGCUGCGGAUGAUGAUGAAGAUGAUGACGAUCAGUUAUCUGAAGAAGGUGAUGACUCUAAAAUGCCUCUUCAGCAAACCAGUGCAGAGACUCAUAAUGGAUUACGGGUAGUUUCUACUCGGAAAUCAACGGUUAGCACAAACAAAGAUGAUAGUUUUAAUUUUGGAAUCAAAACGCUUGAAGAACUCAAGUCAAAGAAACUGAAAGAAAAGUCAAAGAAGCAAGGUGACAGCUCCCCUGAAGUUGCUGUCCAAGCCCAGACCCUUCCAAGCCCACAGAAGGAAAAUGUACGAACUGUGGUCAGAACAGUGAUGUUAUCUACAAAGCAAGGAGAGGCACCUCGGGUUCGAUUGACUCUUGCAGAGAGACUAGGAAAACGGAAAGCACCCAUAGUUGCUGAGAGUGGUCUUCCUCUAAAACGCAGCCUUGCUGAAAGACUGGGAAAGAAAAUGGACUCCGUAGACAGUGCUGAGAAAACACCAAAGAGAGUACAAGUUCCCAGGUCUCUUAAAGAGAGGCUAGGCUUACCAGCUGAGCAGAACAGUAGGGAAAGAGAGCAUGCUGCUAGAUCUGCAGGUGAAAUUCGUGUGAAAACACUUGAAGAAAUCCGCUUAGAGAAAGCCAGCCAAAGAAAAGAAGAAAUUCCACUCAAGGAUGAAGUUGCUAGUACAACAGAUGAUCCCAGUCCGGUGUCAAAAUCCUCCCCUCCGAUCAGGAUCAAAACCUUUUCUGAAGUCCUGGCUGAAAAGAAGCAGAAACAAUUGGAACAUGAGAGGAUAAAAGCUGAAAAAGAGUGCCUUGGCAAACCAAAGGCUGAUGGUGAGCCUCAGAAGCAGGGCAUUCUGGUUUCAGUGGUAUCCAGUCGAAAGAAACUGGAGGAGCCUUCUGGCAAAGCCAAGGGCUUCAGGGAAGUACACAUCAAAACGCUCGAAGAAAUUAAGCAAGAGAAGGCUCUCCGCAUGCAGCAGAGUGGAGAAAACAUCUCAAAGACACACGUGCAACCGGAGGGUGCUGUCCUUGGGAAGAGAUUGCUCUGCAUUACAAAGCCAACAGCCCCUGGAAAGGAAGAAAAGAAGCUCCUAGAACGCAAGUCUUCUCCCAGAACUUUCCCAGCAGAUGCCACUGUGAAGCCUUUGAGCGGCAGUGCCAGCAAUUCACAUUCUAAAGUCUAUGUGAAGAGCUUAGAAGAGAUAAGGAAGGAGAAGCAACAGACAAAGCAGCAACAGGAGAGGAACCCCCUUGAGGAACAAGUGACUGCGCCACCCGCUGGGGGAGAACCAGCAGCAGGGAAGGCCCCAGCGACAAAAGAGAAAAUCUGUCCAGCGACAAAAGAGAAAAUCCAUCCAGUUACAAAGAAAUUGUUGGUGAGAUCCCAGGAAGCAGUGCCAGAUGAUGUGGGAUCAAAAGAUUUGGGCCUUUCCACUCAGCCUGUGGAACGAAGAACAAAAGCCAAACCCAAGGUGAACAUGAAGCCAUCUGGAGUGAAACCCACAUCUCCAACAAAGAAGGCACUGAAGCGGAAAGCAUCAGAGUGUCAUCCCACUGCUAUUGCAGCAGUGAAACCUCUGAGCCCCAUCCCAAACACAAGCACACAGGAGCUUCCAUCAGAAAGCAUGGCUGUGACAAGUGCUCCGGGCUUUGCGGAGGAUGCUGUGGCCCCUGUUUCUGAGAAAGAGAGUUGUACAAUCAGAUCUGAGCCAUGCAUGGACAACCAGGUAGCCUCCACAUUGCAAGCUGAGACAGUGAGCUCAACUUCUUCCCAUGCAGCGACGAAGACACGCAGGCUCAGCUCAACAGGAGCUGGGAAGCCACCCUCCUCCGUUGAAGAUGACUUUGAGAAGCUGAUCUGGGAAAUUUCAGGAGGCAAAUUGGAAGCAGAGAUUGAUCUGGAUCCUGGAAAAGAUGAAGAUGACCUCCUGCUAGAACUUUCUGAAAUGAUCGACAGUUGAUUCUUGCACAUAGUUUCUUUUGAAAGAAAAUUGAAGAUGUGUAUUUUGUUAGAUAACUAAGACUACCCCUUUCUAGCUGAGGAAUUGUAACAGGUCUUAAAGCACACUUGAACUGGUUGAAGAAGUUGGCAGUAGCUACAUUAAGUUGCCCUGAAUUGCCCUGCUGGUCAGAUGGAUGUCCCUUCAGAACUCUCCA